ACAACAACAACCACAACAACCACCACAACAACAACCACAACAACAACAACCACCACGAGCUGUUGCUUCCUCUGCAGAAUUGGUCUGAUGGAGCAAAGGCACUCGGCGCAGCUCGGUGCCAAAAGGCAUCAAUGCGACCGGUGUGCAUACAGCACGAAUCAUACUGGACAUUUUACACGGCACCAGAGAACUCACACAGGAGAGAAACCCUUCAAGUGCUGUGUGUGUGGGAAGGCGUUUGCACAGUCAUCUGCUGUUGUAGAACACCAGAGAACACACACGGGAGAGAAACCCUUCAAGUGCACUCCAUGCGGGAAGGCGUUUGCACAGUCAUCACAUCUUCAUGUACACCAGAGAACACACAAGCAUCACAAGAUCCACAAGGAGUGGAGUCUGAAAGCUUGUGAAAGUCAAAGUGCUGCAAUGAGCCCAUCCCUCAUCAAACAAGAACCAGAAGAAAAUCUCAGCUUGGACACUUUUAAAGGUACCAAGGUGAAAUAUGAAGAGGUGAAGGUGAAAUGUGAAGAAGUGAUGGUGGAAUAUGAAGAGGUGAUGGUGAAGAGCGAAGAAGUGAAGGUAAAAUGUGAAGAUGAAGAUUCAAGUCCAGAAUGGGACCUUCGCAUCAAUGGAGGCAACGUGAAGCAGGAGGAGAAUUCUGACUGUGAGGCAGAGCGAGGCAACUCCCAGCAGCAGUUUGUGGAGGUGGAGGUGUGGAUGGACUUCCUCCGAGACAAUUCAAAGUCAAAUGGAGACCCGGUAGAUGUGUAAGCUUGAGACGAUGUCGCUCCAAUAGAUGCACCGUUGUCACAGGCCUUUAAUGACAAGAAUGUGAAGUUGAACACUCAGUUCCUAGGUUCAACCUGCAGGGUAAGGGUGGCCAGUCUUUGUGGACCUGUGUGUUGGGUAGAUCUCUAACCAGGAGCGAGAGCCAAUAAGCUCCCAAGCAUUCACUCUGUUCUCAUAAUUGCAUUUAUAUGGUGCUUGCUUAAUCACCUCGGCAACUCGGAGUUUUGUAUCGUACCUCAUCUCAAACACUCGAAGAGCACCCCAAGUGGCAGCUGCCCCUGUGUGGCACAAGGUGGUGGCCCUGCACCGGCCUGCGUAUGAACAAGAGCCUGUCAGUAGGGGGCGAUGAUUGAUGUGGCAUCUUAGUUGUGUCGUUUGUAGGUAAUGUUUAGAAUUAAAUCGCGACGUUUCGGGCGCGACACAACCUCAUGACGGGCGCUUGUGUUGCCCUCGAAACGUGAUUUAUUUUACUUCUACCCACGUGACUUUACCGAAAGAACCAAAGAGUCUGUGCUUACCAGUUUUUCUACGCGACAAUGUAUCUUUCUUUCCUUGUUACGGUGACAAAAUA